AUGGCGGCAAGGAAGCUUCAAACUGAAAUUGACCGGACGCUGAAGAAGGUCGGAGAAGGUGUCGAGCUCUUUGAAGGCAUAUACGAGAAAAUGCAGGCGUCGACCAAUCAAACACAGAAGGAGAAACAAGAACUUGACCUCAAAACACAAAUUAAGAAGCUUCAACGGUUGCGUGACCAAAUCAAGACCUGGGUUGCUAGCAAUGACAUCAAGGACAAGUCACAAUUGCUGGAAAACCGGAGGCUGAUUGAAACGCAAAUGGAGAAGUUUAAGGCAUGCGAGAAGGAGAUGAAGACGAAAGCCUUUUCUAAAGAGGGUCUUAUUCAAGCAGCCAAGCUUGAUCCAAAGGAGCAGGAAAAGGAGGAGGCGACACAGUGGUUGCAAGCUCAGGUCGAGGAGCUCCAGAUGCAAGUUGAAUCAACAGAGGCGGAGGUGGAGUCGCUCCAGGGGGCGGGGAAGAAGCGGAACAAAGCAGGCUCGACAGCCGCUGGCCGACUUGAAGAACUGGAACAAUUGAACGAUAGGCGGAAAUGGCAUAUCAGCCGACUCGAAAUCGUUUUACGAUUGCUGAAUAACGGUUCUCUACCAGCGGAGAAAGUUCAAGGUUUGAAGGAAGAUGUGCAGUAUUUCGUGGAGAGCAACACGGACGAAGAUUUCGACGAGGAUGAAGGUAUAUACGACGAUCUCAACCUCGACGAAGAGGAAGAGAAGUUUGGAUUGGCUCCAGAUGACGAUGACAGCGACGAUUCCGAUGAGGCUAGUGAAGUGACAUACCUGCACGUUCAGCAUCUAAGAAACACGAUGAAGAGAGUGUCACGAGCAGACGAAACCUCCGCCCAAUCUAACUUUUGCGCAACAGCCAAUGGCAACUGCGGCCGCGGUGACGCCCCAUCUCGGCUCCCAAACAUCGGUGCAUGCGUCCGCGUCAGCGCUCACCCCCGCAACACCGCUUCCGCCGCCGCCGCUUCCGUCUACUGCACCAUCAAUACCGCCGUCAAGUUCCUUGUCUCUGUCAACGUCGCUGGAUCAACCCCCUUCUCCAAGCCUAACCCACCCAUCGAAGCUCCGCAACAACCCCAAGCUCAGACCUCGUCGAACGCUGCUCAAUCUUUACAAUCUCAACAGGCACCACCACCUCCUGGACCCUCACCGCUGCCGCAACAAUUACAACAAUACACAGUGAAUUCGCAAGCUUCAAAGUCGCCAUUGCCUGGAACAUCGCAACCACCACCUCCUCAAACAAUUGGUGCUCAACGACCACCAUCAACGACACAACCCCAACAGGGACACACACCCCGUACAACUGGCCCGUCUGCAUUCCCUGGAUCUCUCUCGGACUUGGUGGUAUCAUUUGAGAAUGUGAAGCAGAAGGAUCAUGUGCAUAAGAUGUUGGAAGGGGGGCAGUCGACCGUGCCACAGCCUCAAGACACUGAAAAGCCCAAAUAUUACGUUCCUCGGAACCCAUACCCCACCGCCCCGUACUAUCCCCAAUCACCCCACCCUUCACUAGGCACCACUGGCAUCUUCUCACAGCUAGAUGUCGAAACAUUGUUCUAUGUCUUUUACUUCCUUCCUGGGACCUAUCAACAAUUCCUUGCAGCGAAAGAACUGAAGCGGCAAUCAUGGCGCUUCCAUGUGAAAUAUCUGACUUGGUUCCAGCGUCACUCAGAACCGCAGGCGAUUACGGAAGAAUACGAGCAAGGGGUAUAUGUUUAUUUCGACUGGGAAGGUUCGUGGUGUCAACGGAAAAAGAGCGACUUCCGCUUCGAGUAUCGGUACCUUUCAGAGGAUUGA